AUGAUUUCUGUUUUAAAUUGGUUUAAACCAAGAUGGCGUUUAUUAAUUGUUUUAUUAACACCAUUAAUCUUUCUUCCGAUACCACUUGUUGGUAGAUCUUCUCAAGCAAGAUGUGGUUAUAUUGUAAUAAUUUUAACUAUAUAUUGGGUCUUUGAAGCAAUACCUUUACCAGUGACUUCCUUAUUACCACUUGCUCUUUUUCCAAUGGCUGGUGUUUUAACUGCUGAACGUGUAGCACCACAUUAUUUUAAAGAUAUAAUUACAUUGUUCUUUGGAAGUAUGUCACUUGCUUAUGCUGUUGAAUCUGUUAACCUUCAUCGACGAAUUGCAUUAUUGGUAUUGAGUUUGGUGGGUACAUCAACAAAAUGGUCUAUGGCUGGUUUAAUGGGAGUAACUGCUUUUCUUUCAAUGUGGAUUAAUAAUUCAGCAGCAGCAUCGAUUAUGUUGCCUGUAGCAUUAGCAAUUACAGAUGAACUUGAAAGUCAUAGUAAAGAGUCUCAAGAAAAGAAAAAUCGUCUCAAAGAAGCCACAGCUGCUGUAAAUGAAAUGGUUGAUGUAACUAGAAUAGAAUUCAAUAAUGAACGUUCAACAGAAGUCAGUUUAGAUCGAUUACAUAUAGAAGAACCGAAACCACCAAUUCCUACAAUAUUAAAAAAUCGUUUUCAAUUACCAUGGAAAAAUCGAAAUAUACUGAUGUCUGUAGAAUCACACGAACAAAAAUAUGCAAAUAUAAGAAAAGGUUUUCUUCUUGCUGUUGCUUAUUCAGCAACUAUUGGUGGUUUAUCAAGUUUAGUUGGUACAGCGCCAAAUAUUUUUGUGAAAGGUUUCGCUGAUAGAUUAUUUCAAUUUCAUAUCGAUGAGGCAACUAAAGCAGCACAAGCUGAUUUAAAAGCAAUGUUAAUUCAACAAUAUAAGGAUCUUGGAAAACCAAAAUGGAGUGAAUUAUCUGUUGCAAUUGUUUUUAUUUGUAUGAUUAUUUUAUGGGUAACAAAAGAUUUUUCAGGUACACCAGGAUGGGAAGUUAUAUUUGAAGAUGAUUAUAUAAGUGAUGGAACAGUAGCAAUAUUCUGCGGAAUACUACCAUUAAUUUUACCAAAUGCAAAUCCUUUAAACAAGGAUUGGAAAUAUGAACCAAUAAUUGGAUGGAAAAAUUUAGCACAACAUAUGCCCUGGGGUGCAUUAAUAUUACUCGGUGCUGGUCUUGCUGUUGCAUCAGCUUUUCAAGCUUCAAAAUUAUCAGAAAGUGUUGCACGAGCACUUCGAUUUCUAGCUGGUAUACCACAAGCAGCUGUUAUUUUAGUAAUUAUUAUUAUUAGUGGUCUAUUUACUGAAGUAACAUCAAAUUUAAGUACAGCAAGUAUCUUCUUUCCAGUUCUUGAUUCAGUGGCACGUUCGUCAGGUAUUCAUCCAGCAUUGCUUAUUCUUCCUUGUACAUUAGCAGUUUCAUUGGCUUUUAUGCUACCUAUUGCAACACCUCCAAAUGCGAUUGUUUUUGCUAGUGGUACUAUUCGUGUGAUUGAUAUGGUAAAAUUUUUACAUCUAAUUGAAAUAUGA